GAAUUGCAUUGCCUCGAAUGCACCUGGUUCCCGCGGAGUAGUGAACGGGAAAAAGGUGAAAGAAACAUUAACGGUUGAGAACCGGUAAGCUUCUUAACUCGCAAGAAAUCUAAAAACCGAGGCUACCGCGUCGACGUCGUUGACAAGAACUCUUCAAAUCCCUUGUCUUUCGAAUCUCAUCUCUCCCUUUCGGCUACCGAGUUACCGUUUCGGACUCGCAACUUCUUCGGGUCAUACGGAGAGUGAGAAAUUUCAUUUUUCAUUCGCAAAAAUUUUCUCUCUGAUUAAAGACACGUUAGACGAUCAGUUUGAAAAACGUGUGGACGAACUUGCUAUUCAACCUGUGCGUGAAAUCGAGUGCUGGACUAAAGAGCGAGAGGGUCUCACCUGAUUUGAAUAAGAUAAAUGAAGACAUCAGUUUCGAGAGAAGGCGCGCAUAGGCCGAUACAAGAGAUAGGUGUAACGAUAGUCGGGAUAGUAAAAGUACCAUUGAACAUUUGCCGAUUGAUUGCUAUCGUUAAGAAGACAAUGGCGGACAUGGGGCUUAACCUAACGAUCGAGUCGAGUUAUAAGAAUCGACCGGGAUUACCUUGGUAGCCCUUAACUAACAAGUUGCAGCUUACUUUUAUCCGUUUGAAAUUGAUCUUCUCUUGUCGAAGCGCGCGUCGCCUACGCUCUUCACCUCGGCCUACACGUUUUAGAAACUCUUGUUAGAUACGUGUGUAUUGUGCGCGUACGCAGGUAACUUAAGCCCACCUGUGCAGGUAUAACGUAUAAUUAAUCCGUUGGAGGUAUACGUGGAUGUCGUUAUUAUAUGAACCGCGGGCAAAGUUUUGGAAAGAUUUUUAUAAGUAUGAAAAUGAUCUGGCAAAGUACGUUUUAAGUGAUUCGUAAAUUUGGUUAUUAGCGCGCGAUUGAAUCGAACUUUACGCCUCGGGCAACCAGCUGGCCGAUAUAUACUCUUCAACUGUUGAAUUCUCGUCGGUUACAAGCCUACGAAACUCGCAGGUGUUUCGCACGCGCUGAUUCCGCAGAGGAUUUUCAGAGUUCUUAUGUACCAUUGAUGGGUUAGCACCUUUUCGCAACGCCUCUGCCAAGUAAAUUGCCGGUUUUAACACCUUCUCUCUAUUUUCUUUUUCUCUCUCUCUCUCUCUCUCUCUCUCUCUCUCUCUCAUUCUCGUAUUCUUUUGUAAAACGAUCCACGCUUCACGGACACCCGUCGGUCCAUCGAAAUUACACUUCAUUCAUCCGCUGCCGAAAUUAUAACCACAUCUUCCGUUCCGGUCGAUUUUAUUCCCGGGACAAUUUCGACGAUUCUUUUUCUUUUUCUUUUUCAUUUUUUUUUUUUUUUUUUUUUGUUUUUUUUUGUUCGAAUUAUUUUUUACUUUUGUUCAUCCGCUUUUGAUUUUUUCGCGCCCGGGUGGAAAAGAUACGGGGUGAGAUAUUUCCUCGCCAUCUACCGCGGAUGCUGCGAAACAUGAGCCUGGUAUUGAACAACCCUUAUGCGCAAGGCAGAUGCGCCCCUAGCUGUCUGGCUUUGCGUCGAUCCCCAAGGGUGAAAUGUCCCGCGGUGAGAGCUUCGGCGCUUUGAAAGUAUCGGUUAGCUUGUGAAUCACUUUGAGCGGUAAGUCGCGAGCGUGAAGGGAACGUUGGGAGUGAUCGAGACAAAAAUGAGGUUGUAAAGGGGUCGGGUAAACCAAACGGACGAGAGUCGAGCUGCCCCAGUUGACGGGGGGAGGAUAAGUGGCCGGAGCGACGUUGUUUUGGGACUGGAAGGAGAGAUUCUUCGGCGUAAGCCGCAUCAAAAAGCACCCAAAUAAACACAAACAAUGCCAUUGUACGCGAACUGUAACCGGGGGGGAUUCUAAACUCGAAAUCAAACAAAUCGAAGAAAUAAUCACGCCGAAAGUGAAACGAGUGUGACGAGAAAAUAAAAAAAAAUCUCACAAUGAAACUGAGCGCGAUAAGCCUGGUACUCCUCAUCCUCGGUGCUCGCGUUCACCGUUCGCAAUGUAAAUUGCAAGAACAGGUGUCCGCCGAAGAUGACGACGAGGGGGAUGAUUGGGACGAGGACGACGACGACGACGACGACGACGACAAGUAUCACAAGAGCGAGAUCGACGACGACGGUCGCGUCUAUAAAAACCCGCGAAAUUCGCCGUCGGCUAUGUGUCCCCGUGACGAGGAGCAGGCCGAUCGACUGGGACAGAAGUGUCUGAGAAAAUGCUCGACCGACGAGGACUGCAAGAGCAAAAAGAAGAAAUGUCGGUGCGACGGAGCCUGCGGUAUGUCGUGUAUAAAACCGGAACGCGAGUGUCCGGAAUUGACUGACAUUGAACACGGAGGGAUGACCGUCACAGGCAAGUUCUUCGGAGACGCUGCCCGCUAUACCUGCGAUCCGGGCUUCUUCGUGGUGGGUCUUAUGGAAAGAACUUGCAGGGCGGACGGACACUGGACGGGCACGACACCGACUUGCAAAAAAGAUUCGAACACUUUCUGCACCGAACCGCCGAAGAUAAAAAAUUCGCGAAACAACGCUCUCCUCGAACAGACAACCUUCGACCUCGACAGCACCGUCAAAUAUUUUUGCAACCACGGCUACGUCACCGAGGGAUUUCCCACCGCCAAAUGUUUGAUGAAAAAUCGUGCACCGGCCAGCUGGUUCGGUCCCGACAUAUCCUGCAAGCCGAAGGAUUGCGGAAUUCCUGCCAACAUCGCCAACGGAUGGCACGCCGGGGAAUGCCACACUUUCGACUGUCGCGUAUCUUACCACUGCGAGGAUGACUACGAAUUGGUCGGAAGGGCCGAAAAAGUUUGCCUGUCGGACGGAACUUGGGCCCCCAAAGAAUCGCCGCAAUGCGUUCAGGUGACAUCCGUUCAGUGUCCACCUCCUGAAAAUCCUCGUUACGGAAAAGCGGUGUACACUUCGUGUUCGUACAAUUCUAUCGUGUCGUACGAAUGCAAGUACGGUUACACCAUCAAGGGGGACGCGACACGGAGAUGCGGUGCCGACAGACGUUGGUCGGGUCAGACGCCGGUCUGCAAAGAAAUAGAUUGCGGUAGUCCCGGCACCCUGUACAACGGAUGGAUAGAAAAUAUCGAAGCAGGUACGGGUCUCGGGGUGAGCAUAAUUUUCCGUUGCAACGCGCACAUGAAAUUGGAGGGGAACACGUCGUCGGUUUGUCAAAUCGACGGAACUUGGCGUUAUCCGUUGCCCCGUUGCCUGGCGCCCUGCGUUAUCCCAAGCGUGGACAAAGGGCACGUCGCGGUUCUGAGCGAUGAGAGGAAUCGCAUCAACAACGUCACCGUGGUAGAGCACGGCGAAAAAGUGAUCGUCGUCUGCCAAUCCGACUACGAAUUCGUUGCGAACAAGACGCCGGUUGUUUGCGAUAACGGGACAUGGGCGGUGAUACCGAAAUGCACACCGGCGCGAUGCAAGCUGAUGCCCAGAGCACCGAAGAACGGAAUGGUCAUAGCACCGAAAACUGAGCACGGGAUGCGCGCCGUGUUCAAAUGCAAAGACGGCUACGAACUCAAGGGUGACUCGAGAUUCGUCGAAUGUAAUUUCGGCAAUUGGACCGGUGAGAUCCCCCAGUGCCACGAGGUGUUUUGCCCCUUUCCCGGGUACAUCAACAACGGUAAAGUUUUACUGGUGGGAAAUAUGGGCGUCUACGACUUCCGACCUUACGUUAAAAAAAUCGUCAACAAUAAGCAAAUAAUGUACGAUUGCGAUCGCGGUUAUAUUUUGAGCGAAGGACCGCCCGGGGCGACUUGUAUAGGAGGUUAUUGGAGCCCGCGAGAAUUGCCCAAGUGUAUACCCGGACAACAUCCCAGAUUGAGAUGGAGCCGACGUCGCAGAUCGAUCGUCAAUUCGUCCAAGAGAUCGAACUCUAGCCUGCCCUACAAAAGGGUUAUCGACUUCUUCAAGCGAAUGAGUAAAAAGGUGUUGCACUUGGGUACGAGGAAUAAGUCGCGCGGUCAUUUGAACCGCGAUAAAAUGAACGGGAAACACAGAUGGCAUUCGAGUGGCAAUGAUUCGACGAGCGGUAACAGCAGGAAGAGAAUGUUUUUUGGGGAUAAGAAUCACACGGGAAUAGACAGGGGGAAGAUGAUAAAUUUUCUCGAAAUUAUAUACCAGAAACUCGCGCACGUUGACGCCAAGCUGCAAAAACGGAAAUUAGUCGGUAACGUCAGCAUGCACGAACUGCUCAACGUUCUUAGCAUAAAUUCGCUUCACGUUGAUCUCGAAGAGGCCCUGAAAAAUAUCGAGUCGAAAAAUUUAACCGGGCCGGUAUUCGAAGCGGAAAGUCAAAAGGAAUUCGCCAAGUACAGGAGGGAGUUCGAAAAACUCGUUAGAUUUUACAGCAAGCCCUUGCAGUUCGAGAGAAAGAGAAAGCAGAUGAAAUUGAAAAAAUCAGGCAAAGAUCGCGGGGAUAAGUCCGUAGGAAAUAUGUGGAAAAAGUUGAAGAAACCGCAGCACAGGUCCGCCAAUCGUUACAAGGGUUUCUACAGAUUUUUGAACGAUUACCUGGAAAAUAAGUUGUCGAAUUCCGGGGCUCGUAACGUGACGGCCGAACUGUUGAAAAAAUUGAAUAUAAACAUAUUAACGAUAAAAAACGGAACGACGAUAACGAUCAGCGACGUUUACGCGUUUUUCAAACAUAUCAUAGAAAAUAAAUUGGAUACCGAUGGUAAAAUUAACGAGACCAAUGACGUUACGACAGCUUUAACGACGGGGGAUACCGGGGAAUCGGUCGACGCUGAAAACGCGACGGUCUCUAUUAUUGCCGCGACACCGACUGAAAUAUCUAAAGAUAAUUCGAUAUUAAAUAACGAGAUUCCGUCCCAUGUUGAGAAUAAUGAUGUAAAAAGCAAAGCAGAAGUUUCCGAUACCGAGAAAACGGGUAUCUCUUUUAAUAAGAGGAAACUACUUUCCCUCGACUAUCCGUUGAGCAAUAAAAAACCGCAAUCGCAGUUGGGAGCAUCGGAUUACUAUCGGCCGUCGUCUCGUAAAAUGAGGUCAAAGCCAUUGACUCUGAACGAACUGGAAGCGCAGCAACAGAAUCACUUGAAAAGAUUUCUCGCUCCAUCCGAACUGGAUAAUCAAAUAUUUCUGAAAAAUUUAUACCUGACCGCUUACGAGGACGAGUACAGAGCCAACGUGAAACGGUCAAUUAUACAAAGCAAUCGAACCCAUCCAAGUCUUUACGAGAUGCGGGGUCGCAGGGACCUCGCACCCGACUACCUACGUAAGUAAGACUAUUUCAAUGUGAUAUUAUCGGAUAUAUACAAUUAUCAUUAUCAUAAAAUAACGAUCGAUAUUUAUUAACAAUAACUGUGAACAAACAUGUAUACAACAAUACUCCAUUUGUCUCUCCCCAUAUAUAUCGUCCCGCCCACUCGAUUACUGUACGAAGAUAAAAAAAAAAAAACAAACAAAAGAAAAGAAAAGCUUUUUGCAAUAAACAUCAAUUUUUAUCCAU